AUGGUGGCGUUCACGGAGGAGGAGAGGGCGGUGGACGACGCGCUGGGGUACCCCAAGGCGUACGCCAGGCUCUGCCGCGGCGCCGCCGGCGCGCUCGGCCUCCCCUACGCCCACGGCCCGCCGCACGCGUUCCUCCCCUACGUCCUCCAGCCCCACGAGGCGCUGCGGGCCAAGGACCUGAACGAGACGUUCCCGGUGCUGGACCCGGACGCGGCGCCCACCGCCAACCCGCGCGGCUUCGCCAACCUCCUCUGGAAGCAGCUCGACCACCUCGGCAACGCCGGAUUCGACCCCGCGCUCUUCCGCGUCGACGCACACGGCAACGUCCUCUACCUCCACGCCGACUCCGCAUCGCCGCUCGCGUGGGACGUCGCACACUGGUUCCCCUGCGCCAGAGGAGGGCGCACGGUCCCGAGCAACCUCCGGAUCGUGCAGCUGCAGGUGUCCAGGAGGAAGCACAACAAGCUCGAGUUCCUCGUCCCCUGGUGGGAUCUGCAGCUCGGCAUCUCCGUCAACCACUUCCUCUCCAUCUUCGCCUCCAAGAACGCCGAUUUCAGGAACAGAGCGUUCGCCUUCCUGUUCGCCGACGGCGCCGGCGAGGAGCUGAGCGCGGUGCAGGCGGUGGAGGCGCACGCCUUCCCGCACCACUUCUCCGAGAUGAAGAACAAGGUCGGCCUCGCGCCCGCCGCGAUUGUCUCCGCCAGGGGCUCCGACAGUUCCGUGCUCAGAUCACUCGACGCCAACAGGCCGGUCAGGUCCAGUUACCCCUUGAUCGCUGCCAAGAAAUUCUCGGGCGAAAAGGACGAGAACUCGGCGGCGCACGGCCACGGGGCGAAAGAGAACAACAACCCAGACGUCGACGGCUACAUCAGCAACCCGUACCUGUCCAUCGCCAUGGCCAGGGACUCGCUGAGGCAGCGCGAGGAGUCCAAGAAGAAGCAAGCGGAGCUCGCCGAAUUGGAGGACGAGGUGACCGAGAUGCAGCACAAGACUGAGGAGGACAGGGUGGCCAUCCAGGACCUGGAGGCGCAGCUGAUCAAGAGGCGUCGACGAGUGGAGAAGUGCCGCCGCUUGGCGGAUGCCCAGUCCAACUACAAGGCCGUGCUGGAGAAGAUGAUCAGAGACGCCAUGCACCAGAGUGUUGUGUACAAGGAACAGCUUAGGCUGAACCAGGCUGCAACUAGUACUCUGAUGGCAAGACUUGAGGCCCAGAGGGCAAUGUGUGACUCCUCUGAAACCGAGCUCCGCAAGAAGUACCAGCACAAGGAUGAUCUGGAGAGGCAGGUGAAGCCUUUCGUUGAUCAAGCAAGGAAGAGGUACCGGGUCGAUGAUGAAAUUCAAGAGGAAAGGCACUGUGAGAGUGCAAGGUACUUGCCAGAAAGAAGAUUCAGGAGCAGCCCCCUGAAGCAGGAGCUGAGAGUUUUCCUGGAGCAGGAUCAGAGGAAUUCAGAUGCAUACGUUUCCCUGGAGGAAGAUGAAAUUGGAGUAGAAUCUUCAGCAAUGGGUUAUGUCAACAAUGAAUCUUCCAAGGUGAUUAACUUCCCAAGGAGGUUCAUCACCACUGAAGAGAAUAACACAUGUUACGUUGAAAGAGGAAGAGCGUCAGUGAGGGAGAAGCUAGAACAAUCUGCGAUCAGAGAAGGGCAUCGAAGCAGGGGAAGGGAAAGAAAGGAAACCAUGGCAUCAAGGGGGGUUGUUGGUGGUACGCCUAUCAGGUCAAGAGAUAAUAGGGGCAAGGCAGCCAUGCUUGAGUCCGAGACUGAAAAAUCUUAUGCAAGCCAGACAGUCUCAUUGCCAAGGGCCUCCUCGGUUCCACCAAGUCCUCCAUACAGAGCGAGCGGCGCAUAUGGAAUGCCAAGGUAUCCCACAGAGCAGUCACUACCCUUGCAAAAGAAUCACGCUCUUCAUCCUCGACGUGUUGGCAGAUCAGAAGUCAAUGAAAACAUGAACCACAGUGGUAAAGGCAAUGUGGAUAAGUGGCUUCAUAUGCUCAUGGAGGACCAGCAAGAAGGAAAUGAAGUGUACCAUUCUUCGGAAGAACACGGUGGUAGCGAGGAGGAUGCUUCGGAUGAGCAGCAAGUGCAAAGCAGAAUCAAUGACGACGACGAGAGCUGCAGGAAUGAGAUCACUGAAUGUUCUGAAGAAAUCGUCGAUGAUGAAAUCGUCGACGUCCGUGCCGAGACCGCUUCUCACCGUGGCACUCCAAGAUGCAGGAAUAGCUUUGAAACUAGUAAGGAGGAGAAAGUGGAAAAGAAGAUUUGGUUCCCUAGAUCCGACAGCGGUAGGGGUUUUCGAUCUCUGCCUUCCUCGCCUUCAAAGAUCCUGGGAAUGAGAAGAGGUGUGGAGAAACAGAAGGUGGCCGGUGGCGAUGACAGCAGAUAUGGGUAUGAGGAUUCGGUGUCCACCAGCAGCAACAAGUUCCUCAGCAAAUGCAGGCAGGCUCUCAAGAAAGCAGUACACAAAUGA